AUGUCUCGACUAGGACAGCUGGUGCUCUUGGCUCUUGCGCUGAGCGCCGCCGGCGCUUACGCGGCCGUCAGGAACCUCGCCAUCCCUUCGAGGCCGCGGCUCAGCGGAAGGAUAGUCGGCGGGGCGCCCGCCAACAUCUCGCAGUUCCCCUGGCAGCUCUACUUUAUCACAGGCGGCAGCAGCGACUGUGGAGCGUCCAUCUUGAGCAGCUACUGGGCGCUGACUACCGCCCGUUGCAUCGUCGACGGCGCCGUCCAGAAUAUGCGACUCCGAGCAGGCAGUUCGAGCCGGGGCAGCGGCGGCUACGUGCACACCGUCAAAUUGGCCAGACGGCACGACUACUACAAUGGCCACGACUACGACAUCGGCGUGCUGAGCGUGUUAGAGCACUUCGUCUUCGGUCCCGGAGUGCAGGUCAUAUCCGUCAGCUGGAACGAGACAGCAGUAGGGAGCCCCGCCACGGUCGCCGGCUGGGGCGCCUCCUCUUCUGACGGCAGCCUCCCCUCUGAACUCCGGGCCAUCAAUAUCGAAAUCAUAGACACCGCCGUGUGCAAUGCCACCUACGGCAAUCUCACCAGACACAUGAUCUGUGCCGGAGUGAGUGAAGGCGGCAAGGACGUUUGCGUGGGCGACGAGGGCAGUCCUCUGAUGUCCGGUUCAACGCAGGUUGGAAUCGUCUCCGCGAGCAGCGGGUGGGAAAUAUCAAUACAGCAGCAGCCUUUGUUCGGCAGAUAUAAAGAGAGGGCGGUCCACGGCAGCCGCAGACUUCCUGCAGAGAUGUCUCGACUAGGACAGCUGGUGCUCUUGGCUCUUGCGCUGAGCGCCGCCGGCGCUUACGCGGCCGUCAGGAACCUCGCCAUCCCUUCGAGGCCGCGGCUCAGCGGAAGGAUAGUCGGCGGGGCGCCCGCCAACAUCUCGCAGUUCCCCUGGCAGCUCUACUUUAUCACAGGCGGCAGCAGCGACUGCGGGGCGUCCAUCGUGAGCAGCAUGUAUGCGCUGACCUCUGCCCGCUGCAUCGUGGAGGGCGAUAUCUACAGCAUGCAGGUCCGGGCCGGCAGUUCGAGCCGGGGCAGCGGCGGCUCGUUGUACACGGUCGCGGUCAUAUUCUGGCACGCUAGCUUCGACGGCUUCGACAACGACAUCGGCGGGCUGCGCGUCUCCGAGCCCUUCGUCUUCGGCCCCGACGUGCAAGCCAUACCCGUCACCUGGAACGAGACGGCAGUAGGGAGCCCCGCCACGGUCGCCGGUUGGGGCGCCUCCUCGGCUGACGGCAGUCUCCCCUCUGAGCUCCAGGCAGUCACCGUCGAAAUCAUAGACACCGCCGCAUGCAAUGCCACAUACGGGAACCUCACCAUCAAUAUGAUCUGUGCCGGAGUGAGUGAAGGCGGCAAGGACUUUUGUGCGGGCGACGAGGGCAGUGCCCUAGUGUCCGGUUCGGAGCAGGUGGGAAUCGUCUCCUGGAACAGCGGAUGUGGGCUACCCGGCUAUCCUGGGGUCUAUACCUACGUUGUACCCUUGCGCAUCUGGAUUUAUGGGAUUCUUGGUGGAGUCUAA